CAUGGAAAGAUACGCCGUUUAACCUAAUUCCAAAUUUAAAAAAAGAAAAAAGAAAAGAGAGACAGGCGACAGACAAGAGAGACUGAGGUAUAGAGAGACCGGGAGAUAAUCAAGCAUCAACCACCGGCGACUUAUCCACCGACGCCGCCGGCCUCUCCAAUCUCCAUCCCAAUUUACCCAAUUUCAAACUCAAAUCCUGUAGUCCACCAUGCCUACUGUCAGCAUUGGAAGAGAUCGUCUUUUCGAGGCUCUUGGAAAAACUUACACGCAAGAAGAGUUCGAAGAGCUUUGCUUCAGUUUCGGGAUUGAACUCGAUGACGUCACUACUGAGAAAGCAAUUAUGCGGAAGGAAAAGCAUUUGGAUGAAGAAUCUGAUGGCGAUGAAGAAGUUAUCUACAAAAUUGAAGUACCUGCUAAUAGAUAUGAUUUGCUUUGCCUUGAAGGGAUUGCUCAAGCGCUUAGAAUCUUCAACGGGCAGCAGGAGAUACCGACAUAUAAAGCGGCUAACAUCAGUACAAAAUCAAUGCUUAAGAUGCAUGUGAAGCCAGAGACGUCUUCAAUUCGUCCCUAUGUUGUUUGUGCUGUUUUAAGAGGCGUAACAUUUGAUACUGCAAGUUAUAACAGCUUUAUUGAUCUCCAAGACAAGCUUCAUCAGAACAUUUGUCGGCGAAGAACCCUAGUAGCGAUUGGGACUCAUGACCUGGAUACAUUACAUGGCCCUUUCACGUAUGAGGCUUUGCCGCCGUCAAGUAUAAAUUUUGUUCCACUCAAGCAGGAGAAGAACUUCAGAGCUGAUGAGCUGAUGGAGUUUUACAAAUCAGAUUUGAAACUGAAGAAGUUUUUGCACAUAAUUGAGAACUCACCAGUGUUCCCUGUAUUGUAUGACAGUAGAAGAACUGUUUUGUCUUUGCCUCCUAUUAUAAAUGGGGCGCAUUCAGCAAUCAAAUUAGAGACGAAGAAUGUAUUCAUUGAAUGUACUGCCACUGAUCUGACAAAAGCCAAGAUUGUUUUAAACACAAUGGUGACAAUGUUUUCAGAAUAUUGUGAAAGAAAGUUUGAAAUUGAGCCAGUUGAAGUGAUAUAUUCUGAUGGCAAGUCAUAUAUCUAUCCUGAUUUAUCUGUCUACAAUAUGGAAGUUUCUCUUUCCUAUAUUACUGGUGCAAUUGGAGUGCCCUUGAAGGCUGAUGAGGUCACUGGUUUAUUAAAUCGGAUGCAAUUGCGUGCUGAAAAGUCUCUUUCAGAUGAUAAUGACUCCAAAAUUACUGUAUCUGUACCCCCUACUAGAAGUGAUGUUCUUCAUCCAUGUGAUGUAAUGGAGGAUGUUGCGAUUGCUUAUGGGUUCAAUAGUGUGAAAGAUAUUGCAAUUGCUAAGGGUUACAAUAUCUCAAAGGGCAGAGCUGUGUCUUUGAAGCCACUGCGCUUGGAAGAGUUUAGUCAUAUUAUCAGAUUGGAGAUGGCAAUGUGCGGAUUUACAGAGGUCUUGUCAUUUAUUUUGUGCUCACUUAAUGAUAAUUUCGCAAUGUUAAAUCGUGAAGAUGAUAAAUCAACUGCGGUGAUUAUUGGAAAUCCUCGUUCCUCUGAAAAUGAGACUGCUCGGACCAGUCUUAUGCCCGGUAUAUUGAAAACUAUUGGACAGAACAAAGCCCAUCCGAAGCCCAUAAAGAUUUUUGAAGUGGGUGACAUAGUGCUGUUGGAUAAUACUAAAGAUGUAGGUGCAACAAAUCGUCGCCACCUGGCUGCACUAUAUUGUGGUGCUACUGCAGGAUAUGAGGUAAUUCAUGGUCUGGUGGUGAGAAUUAUGCAAGUGAUAGGGCUUGUUCCACCUGAUGACAAUACAACAUACUACCUAAAGCCUUCUGAAGAACCUGAGUUUCUUUUGGGUACACAAGCUAGCAUCAUUUACAAAGGAAAGCAAAUAGGAACUUCUGGCAUUGUGCACCCUGAGGUUUUGAACAAGUUUGACAUUUCCGAUCCUUGCUCAUAUUUUGAGCUCGACAUUGCGUGCUUUUUGUAGGAUUCUAUAACAGCAGAUGUAUGUACUUUGGCCUCGCAUCCUGUGCUACAUCAUUUUGCAGCUUAUCUUUGGUCUCUCAGCAAAAUACAUGGUGCUCUUGAGUUUGGAGCAAUGCUAGGAUGAGGGGGAAGAAAUUGUUUUCAGUUGCCCAGGAUUGGGUCUUGAUAUAAUAUAAUUAAUUAGACAUAUUUAAGGAUUUUUUUUUAAUGUUUAUAGUUGUUUGUCUUGUGAACAUCGUAAGCUAUAUAUUGUUGGCAAACUAGUAUAUUGAUUUUGAUUAGAAGAUUUUGUAGCCCUCUUCACAAGCUGGAUGGAUGCCUUUACUGGCCUUGAAUACUUUGAAGGGGCUUUAAGGUGGAGAAUUAAAGGUAUACUUUUGUGUUA